CGAACGCUUUCGACGUGGUCAUGUCUCGUCUUCCUCAGCCAUCCUCGCGCUCUGGCGCCAAGUCUCCUUUCACGAAACCUUCCUCACCCUCUCCAUCCGCCCGAGCUACGCCGACACCGCUCGCCAAGCCUCGUGUACGAACACAGUCUGCUGCACCCGUUCCCAGUCCGCGUCCGCAGACGACGUUGCGCUCGAAGCCUAGUUUGAAGAAUCUCAAACCUCCUCGAUCACCUACAAAAUCUCCAGCUCGCAGAACGACACCAUUGCCUCCGGACGAAGAUGUACCCCCAACACCUCCCCUGCCGCAAUUGAGCAUCCGCGAGCAGAUCGCGCUGAAGCGCGCGGAGGUUAAGAAAGUCGUAGCGAAACCAACGAUAGUUGCGUCCGCGAGUGGGGAGUUCGCGGGCUUGGAGGACGCCUCACCGCAUACAUUCAACCAGCCGUCUGUAGUGGACGUCGAUCUCGGGAGAUGGUCUAUCAAAGAGACCAUUGAGCGCGGGCGCAGUUCCGGCGCCAUCAACCUGUCAUCUCGCGAUCUGCCCUGCCUACCAUCCGCGCUCUUCGAAAUUCAUCUGGGCAUCAAGCCGGAGCCUCUGAAGUCGGUACCGGUCGAGCCACCCAUCACCACCGCUUCCUCUACCGACUUUCUAGGAGUGAAGAGGAAGGGUAGCGAGCAUGCUCCGUCGUGGUACGAAGCUCAAGACUUAGAGAUACUCAAGGCGUGGUCAAAUGAGAUUCUGGAGCUGCAGCCAGAACUCUCUAUGUUCGGCUCACUGAAGGUUGUCGAUCUGCAUAAUAACAAGUUGACAACGCUCCCAGACAGCUUUGCGGAUCUGACCGCGCUCACGAACGUUGAUCUAUCCCAGAACGAGCUCACCUCCCUCCCUACCAACUUCUGGACCCUCCCGAACAUCACCCAUCUCAAUCUCUCGCACAAUGCUCUCACUGCGCUUCCGUUCAGCGCGCCCUUUGCCAAGGAGGGCGCGAACCCUCUGGGCCGAACGCGAGACACCCGCGGGGACUUUUUCGCAACGAGCAUCAGCCGCGCUACCGAGCCCCUACCACGCCUCACUACGCUAGAGGUGUCCCACAACCAUUUGUCCGCCGUCUCCAUCGACCACGAUUCGGAUGGCUCUGGAUUCCCUGCACUGCUGUCGAAACUCGACCUCUCGGAGAACCCUCUGGGCAGGAUCGAUUCCCUGAUGCGUUCUUUGGGGCGGCUAGCGCGGCUCAAGGAACUCCACAUGCAGCGUGCCGACAUCGGCGACGAAAGCUUCCCAGUCUCCGUCUUUGCGACAUGCUCUGGCACCCUGUUCCCGGCACUGAAGGUUCUGGACCUGGAAGAGACGCACGUUACCCUCCCUGCUAUAGAGGCGACGUUCACUCCGAACGUCGUUAAGCAGACUCUGCAGUUUGACCUCACGAACCAAGAACCACCCGACGGCGUCUUACGUGUGAUUCUGGGGAAGAGGGUGGUGAAGGAGUCUUGGGAGAUUGAGGCUGAGCGUCGCGCAGCUGUCCGCCGCCGCGGCGCUGCUGGUCCCGCUGAUACCUGGAGCCUAGGACCUGCGCAGUCGAAUGUGAAAACAACGGAGGCGACCAAGGAACCAUGGGAGAUCGAGGCAGAGCAAGGGCUGCUGACCGAGGGGGCCAAGCGGCGUAUGCGCGCGCAGGCGACUGCCAACGCUCAAUCCUCGGCUGCAUCGUCAAAUGCGAGUCAACAGUCCACAGCUCACUUCCCCUCUCAAAAGAAACCCGUCGUGGUCCAGAAGGAGCAAUGGGAGAUCGAUGCCGAGCAAGGUCUCCUGAGUGUAGGGGCACGCAGGCGAGCGCGGGCAGAGGCAGUAGCUGCUGCCGCAUCUAAAGGUGCACCUUCGAACCCAGCCGCGCCUAAGACUCCCUCCCCCACCGGCAGUCCCGCUCCCGCACAUACCCCCAGCACUGUCGCCUCCGCCCUCGCCAGCCCGCAGUACUACUCCGCGCCAAACCAAACGCUUACCCUUCCCUCCUCCGCCCCACCAUCCAAAGCCGCCCACGCCCGUUCGUUCUCACUCGCCUCCCCCGCGUGGGGCAAGCUCUCGACCUCCGUGUCAGAGCUCGCACUCGCAAUCCCAACCCCUACGCUCCCACUCAGCGCCAUCGCCGCACAGCCCCUCGCGCAGACCCUCAAAGUGCUCAUCCUCACAGGCCGGCGGAACGAUCCCUCAUUCAGCCUCCCCGCCGCUGCCGAGGCGGGUCUCUGCCUCCCGUGGCUGGAGGAACUGAGCCUCGAGAACUGCAACCUCCCCGACAACGUGCCUGUCUCUCGGGCUGGGGAGGACGGCGCAGACGACUUUGGGCAGCGUACAAACGAGCCCCUCCUGCCGCUCCUCGCGAAGCUCUUCCCUAGUGUGCGCACGCUCGACCUGUCGUACAACGCGCUUACGUCUGCCGCUCUCGGGAAGGACGCGCUUUCUGCGCUGAUCCUUGCUGAUACGCCUGCUGAGGACGGGUCGGUGACACGCAAGGGCCUGCGCCAUCUCCGCCUGCGCGGGAACCGCCUUGGGGAGCUGGAUGGGUUCCAGGAGAUCGCGGAGCGGUUUAGGGGGAAUAGGGAGGUUCCGGAGUGGAAGCUCGAGGAGCUCGACUUGCGGGACAACGAGAUCGGGAAGCUACCUCCGGAGUUGGGGAUGCUCCCGCUGGACGUGUUCUUGGUGGACGGCAAUGUAUUCCGUAUACCCGCGAGGCGCGUGUGGGAGAGGGAAGGUACGAAGGGGCUGCUGAGCUGGCUGAGGGGAAGGAUGGAAUGA